CCUCCCCGCCGGCUGCUUCCGGUGACGUAAUGACUCACAGCCUUAGGGGGAUAAAAAAAACAUACAAGAUGGCCGAGCUGUGUGACCGGGAGUGAGCGGAGUUGGUGGAAGUUGUCAUUUGUGUCGGUGUAGCUGUUGUUCGGAGACGGUAUUAGGCCCUCGCAGCAGCAACUCAUUUGAAGUGGUCAUCUUGUUCUUCUGCUAUGGAUCUUGAAUUCUUUUCUUCCCACACUGAGUAAGCGAGGAGUCUGGGCAUCAUGGAGAAGAAGCGCAGAAAGAAAUGAGAGCUGUGCACCCAGGCUAUGGGCCUCUGACAUGCUGACUUUAUUGAACCCCUAGAACUGUUUGUAGUUACCCGGCUGGACAUUGACUGCUAGUGACAACUGUGUGCUGAUCUGACCCUUGUGAACGCAGGCCGUGACUUCACCAUAUAAACUUCACACAUUCUAUGAACAUGAGGUUUGCAAAGUUCUGGUUGAAGCUGGUUGUGAUAUUACUGUGUCUGAAGAAGCACCAGAGCACCCAGCCGGGAAACUCUUCCUCUGAACCGGAAUCCUGUAAUGGCUGCUCUCAUCUUACACUUAGUGUGGACUUUUCUUCGUCCGUGGUGGAACAUGAAUACAUUGUAGCAUUCAAAGGAUACUUCACAGCAAAUGCACGAAGCAAGUUUAUCAGCAGUGCCCUGAGAAGCAGUGGUGUGGAGGACUGGAGGAUUGUACCCAGGAAUAACCCGGCCAGUGAUUACCCCAGUGACUUUGAGCUGAUUGAGAUCAAGAGCCAUCAGCGUGACUGUGUUCUGACUUUAGAAGACCACCCCAACAUCAAGAGGGUCACCCCUCAGAAACGGGUUUUUCGGUCUCUCAAAUUUGUAGAUGGUGACCCUUCAGCCUCCUGUAAUGAGACAAAGUGGAGUCAGAAAUGGCAGUCCUCGCGUCCGCUCAGAAGAACCAGCCUUUCUCUUAGCUCUGGAUUUUGGCAUGCUACAGGGAGACACUCUAGUAGACGCCUCCUGAGAGCCAUUCCACGGCAGGUUGCUCAGACUCUUCAAGCUGAUGUAUUGUGGCAACUGGGAUACACAGGCAGUAAUGUAAGAGUUGCUGUGUUUGACACUGGAUUAAGUGAGAGACACCCACACUUCAAAAAUGUAAAGGAACGGACCAACUGGACCAAUGAGAAAACCUUGGAUGAUGGACUUGGACAUGGCACUUUUGUGGCAGGUGUUAUUGCCAGCAUGCGAGAAUGCCAGGGACUUGCUCCAGAUUCUGAGCUGCACAUCUACCGAGUCUUCACCAAUAAUCAGGUUUCCUACACAUCAUGGUUCCUUGAUGCUUUUAACUAUGCCAUCCUGAAGAAAAUUGAUGUACUGAACCUCAGUAUUGGGGGGCCGGACUUCAUGGAUCAUCCUUUUGUUGAUAAGGUUUGGGAGUUAACAGCCAAUAAUGUGAUCAUGGUUUCUGCAAUAGGAAAUGAUGGACCACUCUAUGGAACGCUGAACAACCCAGCAGACCAAAUGGAUGUCAUAGGAGUUGGUGGCAUUGAUUUUGAGGACAAUAUAGCUAGAUUUUCUUCAAGGGGAAUGACCACAUGGGAACUGCCUGGAGGAUAUGGCAGGAUGAAGCCUGACAUUGUCACCUAUGGUUCUGGGGUCAGAGGAUCUGGUAUGAAGGGUGGUUGUCGCUCCUUGUCUGGCACAAGUGUUGCUUCCCCUGUGGUGGCCGGAGCAGUGACUCUGCUUGUUAGUACUGUUCAGAAGAGGGAGAUGGUAAAUCCAGCCAGCAUGAAACAGGCGCUCAUUGCUUCAGCACGCAGACUUCCAGGGGUGAAUAUGUUUGAGCAAGGACAUGGUAAAUUGGAUCUAAUCCGGGCCUACCAGAUCCUCAACAGUUACAAGCCACAGGCCAGUUUAAGUCCUAGCUAUGUGGACCUCACAGAAUGUCCCUAUAUGUGGCCAUACUGUUCUCAGCCUAUUUACUAUGGUGGGAUGCCAACAAUUGUAAACAUCACUAUUCUUAACGGUAUGGGGGUCACCGGAAGGAUAGUGGACAAGCCUGACUGGCAGCCGUACCUCCCACACAAUGGUGAUAACAUUGAAGUUGCCUUCUCCUACUCAUCUGUGCUGUGGCCAUGGUCUGGCUAUCUGGCGAUCUCAAUCUCGGUAGCAAAGAAAGCAGCUUCAUGGGAAGGCAUUGCGCAGGGUCAUGUGAUGAUUACAGUGGCAUCUCCAGAAGAAAACCAGAAGAAUGGAGCAGAGCAAUUCUCUACGAUAAAACUGCCGAUCAAGGUCAAGAUCAUUCCCACUCCACCGCGUAGUAAGAGGGUUCUUUGGGAUCAGUAUCACAACCUCCGUUACCCACCAGGCUACUUCCCGAGAGACAACCUAAGGAUGAAGAAUGACCCCUUAGACUGGAAUGGCGACCAUGUUCACACAAACUUUCGAGACAUGUACCAACACUUAAGAAGUAUGGGCUACUUUGUAGAAGUCUUGGGUUCACCCUUCACAUGCUUUGAUGCCAGCCAGUAUGGAACUCUGCUAAUGGUUGAUAGCGAAGAAGAAUUUUUUCCUGAGGAAAUAUCUAAACUCCGCCGGGAUGUGGCUAAUGGGCUUUCAUUGGUUGUCUUUAGUGACUGGUACAACACUUCUGUUAUGAGGAAAGUCAAGUUCUAUGAUGAAAACACCAGGCAAUGGUGGAUGCCAGAUACUGGAGGUGCUAAUAUACCAGCUAUAAAUGACCUGCUGUCAGUGUGGAACAUGGCUUUCAGUGAUGGCAUAUAUGAAGGCGAUUUUUCCAUGGCUAAUCAUGACAUGUACUAUGCUUCUGGCUGCAGCAUUGCCAAGUUUCCAGAAGAUGGUGCUGUUCUAUCACAAACCUUAAAGGACCAAGGGCUUGAAGUGUUAAAGCAAGAAACCUCUAUGGUUGAAAAUGUUCCUCUGCUAGGACUCUACCAGACACACACUGAAGGAGGGGGAAGGAUUGUGCUUUAUGGAGACUCUAACUGCUUGGACGACAGUCACCGCCAGAAAGAUUGCUUCUGGCUCCUCGAUUCUUUACUCCAGUACACUUCUUAUGGAGUGUUACCAGCGAGUCUCAGUCACUCUGAAAACAGACAGAAGCCUCCAACUGGUGAAGGGUUCCCGCUGCCCGAGAGAAUGGAAGGAAACCAUCUCCAUCGCUAUUCUAAAGUACUAGAAGCUCAUUUGGGGGAUCCCAAACCUCGACCAUUGCCAGCUUGUCCUCAUUUAUCCUGGGCCAAACCACUGCCCCUCAAUGAAACUGCUCCUAGUAACCUGUGGAAACAUCAGAAACUGCUAUCAAUAGAUCUGGAUAAAGUGGUUUUACCCAACAUUCGUCAAAAUCGACCACAAGUAAGACCCUUGUCGCCUGGUGAAAGUGGAGCAUGGGAUAUACCUGGAGGCAUUAUGCCCGGACGCUAUAACCAGGAUGUAGGCCAGACCAUUCCUGUCUUUGCGUUCCUUGGUGCUAUGGUGGUACUUGCUUUUUUUGUGGUACAGAUCAACAAGGCCAAGAGCAAGCCAAAGAGACGGAAGCCUCGAGUCAAGCGACCUCCACUUAUACAACAGUUUCACCAACCAAAGACUCCAUCUGUCUGAGCUAUGGCUGGUUUGCCAUCUGUUCCAAAGACGGCUUUAUGAGCUCUGAAACAAACUCUUACUAUAGGUUCUCUGUCUGACCAAACUGGACAUUGGUAUGAAUUGCUUCUUUUUAUAUAUUUAUUAUGUAAAAUAAAUCCCCUUUUAUGAAAGGGCUUCUCAGCACCAAAAAGGGACACUGGGGCAAAUGCAAUAUCAUGAGAAGACUUGUGCUCCACACAAACCAAAUCCAGACACGUUGUUUUAAAGAAGGAUGUUUACCCCAAAUCAGUGACUUUUAUUUUUAUAAAUGUUUUUUUUGUAAUUGUGUUCAUGAUUCCAUCUUUAUUGGUGGGUUCUGUUUUGGAUAAAUAAACCGCUUGUAAUAAAGCACAAUGUACUGCCCCCUACUGGUCUAGCAGUAAUGUAAUCUCAGCAGAUUGUUUUGCUGGUAUAGGGGAAGACUUAUCAAAACUGGAACAGUUGCCCAUAGCAACACAUUUUUAAAAGGCAUUCUGGUUGCUAGGGGCAACUGCUCCUCUGCUCAGAUUUUGAUAAAUCUCCCCCGUGGUAUUUACACAGAUCGUGUGGGAUCCUUCUGGUUUUAUACCAAUGUAUUGUGAGCCUAGUGUGUGACGUAUUCACCACCACUAACCUUAACCUAUUUUGUCACCAUGGAAAGUACAGUCACUUACUUGUACAAUGGCCCUGAUUUACUAAGAGGGGAGUGUAGUUUUCUUUGUGGGUUUCGAUUCCCGACGGGUAUUUUUCCACGGUGUUUACUAAUGCUGUCCGGGCAUGCUGAAAGUUGUAGUUUUGCAACAGCUGGAGGCGCCCUGGUUGGGAAACGCUGAGCUUAGGCCUUGGGAACCACUUGUGAAACAAAUAAAAUUGUACUGCUAUGUUUCUUGUCAGUAUCUAAAGUUUAACACUAUAGUUUCUGGCAGGAAGUAUG